AGGCGGCCAACCUACAGCAACUUGUCUGCUCCAUUACCAAAAGAUAUUAAAUCAAAAGACGAACAAGCGGCAGCCGGAGAAGAAUCAGCAGAGCGUUUGGUCCCACUUUCCCUGGUCAGAGAAGAAGACGAGGAAGACAAAGACGAUCGAACCUUCCGACGACCAAUGCUAAGACCCAAAGCUAGGUCGAGCUCUGUCUCUGACACUGACUCGUCGGGGCAAGAUGAAUCCUCCGACGAAUGUGCGGCGUUUUCGUCUUCUUCAGCUGGUAGUCCGAUCAUCACCGACCCACUUGACGAACAAACUUCUUGCAAACCAUUCAUUAUCCCAAAUUGCCAAACGAAUACACAAAGCAAGAACACUAAAACCCUUGAUUCAAAUCCAAUUAUCGAUCAAGUUUGA